GUGCAAGUAUUUCGCGAUCUGCAAUCAUGUCCGAAGGAUGAAAGCAAGAAGAUAGUGAACAAUUACCGCGAAAUUCAACAGCCACAUAAAGAUCCGGAAAUCUACUUCGCGCGCAAUGCCAAACCAAAGUCGAAAUUAUGAUCUGUUGCUGGGCAGCAAGACUAGAUGGACAAACAUGAACACACGCACCUUUACGUAUAUAUCACAAACCGACAAAGCAGACGGAAUUGAAGUGUUAAACAAAAUACAUAGCUCAGCAAGUCGCUUCUCACACGCAAAUAUAAUUUUACAUUGCAUGCCUGUAGUUGCAGUUAGGUUGGCACUUUCGAUGUACAUCCCACGUACACACACACACACCUAUAUAACGCUGUGUGCAUAGAUGUACAACCACCGACGCACUGGACUACCCAACACGGCUCUGUCACUGAGUCAUAUGUACUUUUUUUGAACACAUUAUUACACAUAUACCCACUUUGGCAUAUACCAUGUACGCAUAUUUGUAAUAAUCACCGCUAUAACUAAAAGCUAGCGUUUACUCGUGCGGCGAGUAUCUAAAUGCACAAACAACCAGCGGCAGCGGACCUGCAGUAUGCUUAUGAGUUAUCGUUUAUCGGUUGUUGUAUAACUAAAUUCUUUUUACUAAUAAAUAAUGUGAUUUAUCGUUGCAAGACAAGGCGCUCAUCGUGUGCUAUCUCCGGGUAUUACUUACCUCUAACUCUAAAAUACUGAUACAAGUUUUUCCUAAAUAAUAGUAUAUGCUACUUUUAUUUAAUUUUAUUAUAUUUAUAUAACUUGUUUAGGGUCUACAUAUAUGUAUAUAUCGAUACAUAUAUGUAUGUGUAGAAGCAAGCAAAAAGGUCUAAAAAAAAAUAAGAAACAAAAAAUCAUUCCUCAUAGUUAAGGAUUUGCAAUAUGGAAUUUUGUUAGAAUUAAUUUUUGUUUUAUUAAAUGUAUGUGUAUGUGUGACAUACCAUUUUAUCACUGUUUGUAUGUAAUAUAUAAAGCUUGUUACGAGGAAUUGUCAUAUUUUUAUAUUCUAAAGACAAAUAAGCAAAUGAUUUGUGCCGUUAGUACAUAAAUAUAUUUCCAAGAAAUAUAAAUAAAUGCUAAAGAAAAUAUUUAAUAUUAUAUAAAUAUAAAUGUAUGUAUGUAA